GAUACCACAUUAUUGAUGUUGGCUUAUAUAGAAUCCGCUUUGGCCAAUGCUCCAAUUUCGAACCAUCGUCGGUCACCCACCGAAAAGGAGCCAAGCUUUGGGUCCGAAACAAAUGGUGGAUGCAAACGGACAAUACGGCAGCGAGAUGGUGAGACGAAGACCGCAAAAUUGUGGACGAAUACGUCCACGACGACAAAGGCGGUGAAUGUGUCCCUUAUCGAGCAGCGAAGAUUGAAAACGAACCGAUCCGCUGAAAUUCGAAGCGACGAGUUCGUCUUCGUGGUAAAAAUCGAUUUAAAUCGUAAGAAUACCACGUUGUUUAGUUUCUUGAUGUUUGCUUAUAGAAUUCUCUUUGGCCAACGAGCCAACAUCGAAGCAUCAUAA